UUCGUACGAAAUAAACUUUCGACAUGGUCCAAGGCAAGUUGCUCCUCCGGUCAAUUUCUCUCACUUCUCAGAUUAAGCCAAAACAUUCGAAGAUCUGGAAGAAUUGGAUACAUCGAAGUGCCAGGGUACAAUGUCCAGCUUCUGAGAACGAAAUGACGAAUUUACGAGAAAAAUUCAGCACUCGAUCCUUCGGAGGGUAUCAGAAAGUAUUCGCCCAUGAUAGCGAGGUGAACAAAUGUGAAAUGCGAUUCGCUAUAUAUUUACCUGAUCAAUGUAAGAAUGAAAAAUUACCUGUUAUUUAUCAUCUUUCUGGAUUAACGAUGGAUCAUAUUGAAUACAUUGAGAAAUCAGGAUCUCAACGGAUUGCUUCGAAUUUAGGAGUGAUUAUUGUUGCUCCUGAUAGUAGUCCUCGUAACACAAACAUUCCUGGAGAAAAGGAUAAAUGGAAUAUUGGUACCAAAGCCUCAUAUUAUAUAGACUCUUGCGCCGAACCUUGGAGUAAACAUUAUAAGAUGUAUACCUACCUGUCCGAAGAAUUACCUAAAAUCAUCAACGAUAAUUUUCCAGUCCUUCCAGACAAACAGAGCAUAAUGGGACACAGCAUUGGAGGACACGGAGCAUUCUUAAUAAAACUGCAGAAUCCAACGAAGUACAAAAGUGUCUCAGCUUUGUCGCCUGUUUGCGAUAUUACUAAAGCUCCUCAUUCUAUCGAAGGUUUAGAGCUGUACUUGGGAUGCAAACAAGACGAAUCGUGGGAUAAAUGGAGUGCAAUAAAAGUAGCCGAAAAAUACUCAGGACCACCUCUGGAAAUACUCAUUGAUCAGGGUACUGACGAUGAAUACUUGGAUGGACAUUUAUUCCCUCAAGAUUUUUUGAAAGCUUGCGAGAAAUCUGGGAUCAAAGUCAAGUUCAACGAACGUGAAAAGUUUACUCAUAAUUAUUAUUUCAUCGCUACUUUUAUCGAAGAUCAUAUCAAAUAUCAUAUGCAAUUUUUGAAAUAAGUUUUUUUCUACCAAUUGUACGAGAUCUGUGAUCUAUAUGACUUUAGCUACCAUACCAAUAAAUUUAUUUUCGUUUGUUACCAA